GGCAGAGCUUCAGAUCCGCAGCUGCAGGGAAACGCUUUUGCAGCCGGAUCCUGGGAAGGUUUACUUGCAAUUGGAGGCAACCAAACAGAAGGGGAAGGAGAUGGAAGAGCAGGACCCAGAAGGACCAGGAAUUGGCAAUAGAUCAAAGAAAGAACACCAUCCCAUCCAGGUGGGGAGAGGUGUUGGAUGCUGGGAAAGAGCUGUGCCAGAGAUCCUGCAUCAGGACACUGGGAUCCCAGAAGAUCACCGCCAGCGCUUCCGGCAGUUCUGCUACCAUGAGGCUGUUGGGCCCCGAGAAGUUUGCAGCCAGCUCCAUCUACUUUCCAACUGCUGGCUGAAGCCAGAGAGGCACACCAAGAAGCAGAUUCUGGACCUGGUGAUCCUGGAGCAGUUCCUGGCUGUCCUUCCCCUGGAGAUGGAGAGCUGGGUCAGAGGAUGUGGGCCGGAGACCAGUUCCCAGGCGGUGGCCCUGGCUGAAGGUUUCCUCCUGAGUCAGGCAGAGGAGAAGAGGCAGGCAGAGCAGAUAUGUGGACCAUCUGUGAAGACAAAAGCGGAGUUCUCUGAGGAUGAGGGAUCUCCUUGGGAGGAACAGCAGAAGGCCCAGGCACCUGCUCAGGAUGCCAUCUCAUGUGGAAGUGAAGAGAUGGUGUUGAGCCAUCGUCUUUGUAGAGGAGUGGAAACUGCUGCUGCCCCUGCAAACCAGUAUCUAGUUUCCUCUGGUGAUGUGGCUGUGCAUUUCACCAAGGCUGAGUGGGCCCUGCUGGAUCCAGGCCAAAGAACUCUGUACGUGGAAGUCAUGCUGGAGAACUACGAGAAUGUGGCCUCUCUGGGAGAUGUCAAGGAAACAAAAAGAGAAUUUCAAGGGUUUGCACUAGAAAAAGAGAAGGACAGAGAGUCUGAAUAUACCUCUGGAAAUCAAGAUGGACCACACAAGCAGGAGGGGAGCCAUGCAGAGAAGGCAAGGGAUAAAUCCAUUCCGGGCCAAGAAUGGAAUUUCUGUAAAGUAUUUUCUACGGUGAAGAAAACAUACAAAUGCUUGGAGUGUGGACUGAACUUUUCUGAUCAAACGCAAUAUAACAUCCAUUUGCAAAAGCACCCUGGGAAGGUCCAUGAAUGUCUGCAGCGUGGAAAGAGCUUCCUUUGUGGAGAAGAGCUCAUGAGUCAUCAAAGGCUCCAUAUUGGAGAGAAAAUGUAUAGUUGCUUAGACUUCAGCAAGAGGUUCUCAAAGGAAACAAAGCUUAUUCAAUACCAGAUAGUUCAUUCAGAGAGGAGUCCUAAGCAGGUCCACUCAGAAGUUAACCCCAUUUUAUUUGAUGGCUCUUACUCCUGGGAAAACAUUCUUAGGGCUGCAGCCUCAAGAGGGAAGCCAUCUAUCUGCACAGAGAAUAUAAAAAGUUUAUCUGAUGGGAAGGCACAUAAAUGCUUUCUAUGUGGAAAGUAUUUCAAGGACAGAUCUGAGCUCCUUCUGCACCAAAGAAUCCACACAGGGGAAAAAUCUUUUGAAUGCUCAGAGUGUGGGAAGAGAUUCAGCCGGAAUGACAAUCUACAGCAGCAUAAAAAAAUCCACAAAGGGGAGAAGCCUUUUGAAUGCUCAGAGUGCGGAAAGAGAUUCAAUCAAAGUUCCACUCUUCAGGAGCAUCAGAAAAUCCACACAGGGGAGAAACCUUUUGAAUGCUCAGAAUGUGGAAGGAGAUUUAUUCGGAAUUACCAUCUUCAGCAGCAUCAAAAAACCCACACAGGGGAGAAACCAUUUGAAUGUUCAGAUUGUGGAAAGAGAUUUAGUCGAUAUGUCACUCUUCAACAGCAUCAGAGAAUUCACAGUGGGGAGAAACCUUUUGAAUGUUUAGAGUGUGGAAAGAGAUUCAGGUUGAGUAGCCAUCUUCGACGUCAUGAAAGAAUGCACAAUCGGGAGAAACCUUUUGAAUGCUCAGAGUGCGGAAAGAAAUUCAGUCAGAAUGGCAAUCUUCAAAAGCAUCUAAAAAUCCACACCGGGGAGAAAACUUUUGAAUGCUCAGAGUGUGGGAAGAAAUUUUGUCACAGUGAGUCCCUUCAAAAGCAUCACAGAACCCACACUGGGAAGAAAUCUUUUGAAUGCUCAGAGUGUGGAAAGAAAUUCAGUCUGAAUAUCUAUCUUAAACGGCAUCAAAGAAUCCAUACAGGUGAGAAACCUUAUGAAUGCUCCGAGUGUGGGAAGAGGUUCAGUCUGAGUUCCAUUCUUCGACAACAUCAAAGAACCCACACAGGGGAGAAACCUUUUGAAUGCUCAGAGUGUGGAAGGAGAUUCAUUCGGAAUUACCAUCUUCAGCAGCAUCAAAGAACUCACACAGGGGAGAAACCUUUCGAAUGCUUGGGGUGUGGAAAGAGAUUCAGUCACUGUGGCACACUUAAGAAGCAUCUAAGAACCCAUACAAGGGAGAAACCUUUUGAAUGCUCGAAGUGUGGAAAGGCAUUCAGUCAGAAUGACCAUCUUCAGCGUCAUCUAAGAACUCACACUGGAGAGAAACCUUUUGAAUGCUCCGAGUGUGGAAAGGCAUUCAGUCAGAAUGACCAUCUUCAGCGUCAUCUAAGAACCCACACUGGGGAGAAACUUUUUGAAUGUUCAGAGUGUGGAAAGAAAUUCAGUGGGAGAGUCACUCUUCAACAGCAUCAAAGAAGCCACACAGGAGAGAAAGCUUUGUUGGAUGUUAAAAGUGUGGGAAGAGAUUCAGUCGGAGUGACCAUCUUCAGAAACAUCUAA